CAAAGAUCCGAACUUCAGACGCGUCGCUCUAUGAUUCCCCGAUCCUUCUCGGCUACAUCUUGUGUCCUCGAAGUGGAGCGAAAAUUCCGGUGCCUUGCGGUGCGGGAAUUGACCACAAACAUCGGAUCCCCUCCCUUUCAAAGCAUCCAAUCGCUCGGCCAGCAGACAAUAUCUGAUGUGUACUACGACCGAGCGAACCUCCUCUCUUCAGCGGGUGUCUGGGUGAGGCGACGAAAUGCAAAAUGGGAGGCAAAGAUUCGCAUAGGCGGCGAUUUUAUCAAUUCGAGAUUUGAGGAGCUUUCUGAUCCGCACGCCAUCGCUCGAUGCAUAAAGGAUAUCGCCGGCACUGCACGCACGGAACAACAACAGUUUGGACUCGAGCGUGUAGCAGCUUUCACCACCACACGGGAAGCUUGGAUAGCUGACAAUGAAUUUCGGAUUGUUCUUGAUUCCAUGGAUUUCGGGCAUACUGUUGGUGAAGUGGAAUUGCAGCAACAUAAGACCCUGGUUGCUACGUCAAGUACGUCUGUCGAACAAGAGAAGCAGAAGAUAAUGCAACAUAUGGAUAGUAGGAUUGCAAGAUUCAUGGAACAAUACGCGUGGGCGUUUUGUCCAGGGAUACCAAAGGGCAAGCUGACGGCAUAUUUUGAGCGCACCGCUCUCGCGCGUGGGUAAUCACCUUCGAUUUGCUAUAUGCCUUUCAAAAUGGAUAUUCCAGCAAUGAGAAUAUUAGGCACUAAUGUUUCCACCUCACUACUAUUAGUGCCUGGGUCUAGAACGUUCAGGGUACUAUACUUUAGCCUGAUACCUCUACU